CCGACUUUCAGGGAAAAAGCAAAGAAGCUUGAUAAGAAAUGAGCUCCUGGGCUGACAGCAUUCCUCCAGUUGCUGAGGCGCAAUGCAGAGCAUUAAGUGUGUCGUCGUCGGAGACGGAGAAGUAGGUAAGACCUGUCUGCUCAUCAACUACACCACCAAUGCCUUUCCUGGAGAGUACGUCCCCACAGUGUUCGACAACUACUCCGCCAAUGUUUUGUUCGAUGGGAAGCCGGUGAGCCUGAACCUUUGGGAUACAGCAGGACAAGAAGACUAUGACAGACUCCGCCCCCUUUCCUACCCACUGACGGAUAUUUUUCUCAUCUGCUUUUCCCUCGUGUCUCCUGCGUCAUUUGAAAAUGUCCGUCAUAAGUGGAUUAAAGAGGUGAGACACCAUUGUCAGAACACUCCCAUUAUCCUCGUGGGGACCAAAAUGGAUCUGAGAGAUGACAAAGACGCUUUAGAGAAGCACAAGAAGGAGAAGAAGACUAAUCUCUCUCCCAUUAACUACCCUGAUGGACUGGCCCUGUCCAAAGAGAUUGGUUCUGUCAAGUACCUGGAGUGCUCAGCUUUGACUCAAUGUGGCGUUAAAACUCUGUUUGAUGAGGCCAUCAGGAUUGCCGUGUCCCCUCCACCUAUCACCAAGAAGACAAAGAAGUGCUCUCUCCUCUAAGACUUCACUGAAACAGUGUAUUUCAGAUUCUGUCCUUCAAUGUGUGUAGCUGCAUCAGUUAUACAGUUGUAAGGUCAAUUUUAGGAGACAAAUCAGUAUACACUUCCUAAAAGUGUAUACUGAUUUUUGGUAGUAGAAAUGUUUCCAAAUAGACUGUACACAUGCUGUAAAAAAGAAAUUCUUUGAUCUGGUGUCUCUUUAAAACACAGCUGACAGUCUGCUGCUGUUUCCUGCUCAACCACAUCAAGCAUUUACAAGUUAAAAACGCCAAUUUGUCGUCACCAAUUUGUAACUGUUACAGUUGAGAAUUAAAGUGGAGCACUAAAUGUAUUGAGCCCCAGUCUUAAAAUAAACUCAAAGU